AUGACGCAACGAACGACUUGGCCGGGUUUUGUGCUGCUCGUUAUUCAGCCGGAAGCUUUUUAUCGAAAAGAUCCGAUUCUGGCGUACGCACGAAAGACAGACGGUUGGACCGAGGUUGCGCGGCAGACCGUCGUCUGGACGCCCGAACGAGCGCGUGCGCUGCUUUCACCUGAGCCCGCCGAGACCACGACGCCUGCCCCAGACGAUGAGGUGCACAACGAACAACACGUCGCUGCGCUGUGUGAAGGGCGUUCUGAGAUCGUCGUGCUUCGCAGAGCGACUCCGCCUGUCGAGAUGGUGUUCCUGUCGAACGAAGAGGCAACGCCUCUGGAGCAGACUUCGGCGACAGACUGGAAACGGUGGCUCGAGUUGUGCGGACCCGUAGACCCCGCUGAAGCCCGCGCCCUGGCGCCCCGAAGCCUUCGUGCGCUUUUCGGCGUGGAUAAGGCGCACUGUGGGGUCUGGACCAGUCGGGAUGUAACGCAAAUUACGAGUGAUCUUGCGAAAUGCUUCCACGAUGCAACAGAAGUGGAGCGCAUAUACGAACGAGUGCGCGUCGUCGGCGAGCAAGUGGCCGGUGGAGGCUCCGCUGCAAAGUCGUACUUGAGCUCCACCGUACUAGAGACGCUUACGACCGCAUUAUCCCGACUUUGUAUGGCGCAGCCAGCGCAGCCCUUGGAGUGGCUUGGUGCGUACCUCCAGGAAGCUGCCUCGUUGCAGGGUCAUGCGCGUCUGCCGCCUCGGUUGGUUUUCGUACUCGGCGGCCCAGGCGCCGGCAAGGGUACCCAGUGCGCCCGACUCGUCGCCGAGUUUGGUUUUUGGCAUGUUUCAGCAGGUGAUCUGCUGCGCGCUGAGAUCCAGACUCAGUCCGAACAGGGCCAGCUGAUUGACGAGAUGAUUCGCCAAGGCGCCAUUGUGCCCGGUCAUAUCACGUUGGAACUUUUACGGAAGAAACUAGUUGAUGCGGGUAGCACCCUCGCAGUGCCUGGUGUGUUGAUCGAUGGGUUCCCUCGUGCAUUGGAUCAAGCCAUAGAUUUUGAGUGUCUACUCCGCCGCGCUGAUUUUUGCCUUUUCUUCGAGUGUUCCGAAGCCGAAAUGGAGCGCCGCCUCCUGCAGCGCAGUCGCAGCAGCGGCCGUACCGAUGAUAAUCCUGAAUCUAUUCGCAAGCGCUUUCGCACUUUUAUAGAGACGACCAUGCCAGUCAUAGAGUUUCUAGAACGCCGCAUGCGCGUGCAUCGCAUCCCAGCAGAACGCUCUGUGGAUGAAGUUUACGCCCAAGUGCGUCAACUAUUCCUUUGA